AUGCCUCUGUCCACACAAAAGUCUGUUGCUCAAGCCGACGAAGAUGACAAUUCGGAAGCCGAAGCCGUGACAGCCAUCCUCAACGAGGAAGCCAGCAUUGCAGUCCGAACCUCUCCUCGAAACCGGAAGAGGAGUUCGAAUAUUUCAGCAACUGGAGAUGGCUCGCCCAGAAAACGAGUUACAACCAGACAGUCUUCAGCGUCUGCGCCAGUUACCUCCGUGUCUACAGAAUCACCCAGGCGACAGUCGGGAAGGCUGCAAGCGCGAACUUCACUCCCUACACUGAAACCUGUGAAUAAGCGCAACCCCUACGAUUUUCCAGACGAGCCUGAGGAGAAUAUAAGGUCCACGGUUGUGAUCGAGCCCCCCCCCAAAUUGAGAAACCUGAAUAAACAAAAGCAGUUGGUGGAAUCACCUUUCAAGGGUAAAGGCGUGUUAGAGACCAAAACGACGGCACGAGUCAAUCUUGACGACUCGCCUAAAAAACAACCCAAAAGAAAAAACUUUCUGAAGAUAGGAAAAUCAAUAAAAAAUUCAAGGCGUCCGAUAGGUCAGAGAAGAUCUGCACGGCUCUCCGGAAGAAACCUACCUUUUGACGGAGAGGAUAUUCUGGACGCUGCCCUCAGGGAAGAAAAUGAGCCAGAGCCACUGUUACUUGAUCCGAAGCCAAGUCCGGCGAAAUCUUCAAAGAGAUCAGCCCCGGCCCAAACUCGCCUCAACACAGCUCUACCAAGUCAAGACAGAAUCCCGGAAGCCCAAACCGAUGUCGUGCAGGAGAUACAGCAUCAAGGUGACGAUACAGCAGAGGUGACCCGUAUACCAGACGCUCACACUGACAAGGCUCGAGAAGAACAACAUGAGAGCGAAGAAGGACCAGAUGUGGAGAGUGGCCCGGCGGGUGAUUCUCAACCUCCAGUGCGACGCCCCGAUACUGAGGCAGACCGAAAAGGAAAAGAACAGGCAGAAGCCGAGGAGAAAGAAAAGCGUCGACAAAUGAUUGAAGAUAGUCUGCGUGGAAUUGAAGAAGCGGUAGAGCUCCAUGAGUGCAAAGAGUCCUGGCAAGAAGCUCUCGUUGCUGCCGCUGAGCUUAACGAGGGGCGAAGCUCGAAUGAGCCAGCUUCACCUGCUGGCGAAGCUGCGCAUUGUCGGUUGAAAUCGCUUAUCAAAAGCUAUAAGAUGCUCAGUGGAAGCGACAUAUCCUCUCCUCAGACACGAAUCAAAUCGAUUCAAGAGGAUCUUGCUGAGUUAAAGGGGCGUUGCAAGGAUAUCUGCGGUCAUAGUUAUCGGCCGGACCAGCAACGUGAUCAAGAGCGCUCAAAGAUGAUAGGGGACAUCUACGAACAUUUGAUUCCGGGGUCCCUCACAUUAGCAAAGAUGGCACUCAAAGCACGCUAUCGGGACAAUGAGUUGAGCACCGCCGCCCACUGGGAAAUAUCUCAACUGUUGAAGAUCACCCGCAUGUUAUGCGUGGCGGCCGCUAAGUGGAGGCCUAGACCCCAACUCGGGAACACAGCGAAGUCCACCACCAAACAGGCCAUUGCACCUAACGUUGAAAUUAUAUUACGACGAUACCUGGAGGCAGCAGUAGCGGAUGAUGGCAAGAAAUAUGUGGACGAUCUUGAAGUCCGACAGAGGGCAGACCUGGAGAAAUUGAAAGCUGCGAAUGAGCAAAGAAGAGCCGAGAUACGGACAAGACGUCACCAGUAUUUGGAUGCGAGUGCAGAAACGGUUUCUGGAGCCCAUCCUUGGAGAGGACGGCAAUCCCAAGUUGUAGAUAUUGAUGAUCUCCACAUCGACGAGAUUCCGGCGGCAAAUGGUCCUCGUCGUGAAAGAGUAUCGCAUAUCCAGUCACCAACUUCUCAAGCAAGGUCUCAGCUCAAGAGAACGCCGGCAGAAUAUAUUCCUCCUUGUCCGCACAAGUGGGACGUGUCCGAGAUGGUAGCGUUGCUUAAUGCUCUCCAGAAACACCGAGGCCAAACUCGAUUUCAAGAUAUCGUCAGUGUACAUGGACGACCGGGAGGGAGACUGGAGAAGUACGAUGUGGAUGAAAUCAUGGCCCAGGCAAGAUGGAUAAAGCAGAGUAUGGCGAGACAGCUGCAGAGUGAAUUGGACGGGUCGUGGGACUGGUUGAGAAGUGUCCCUGGUUGA